AUGGUGUUUGAUGCUUUUGGUGCAAGCGAAGAAGUCGGUUUUUUUCUCCUAGCUGAAGGAGGUCAGCUAUGCAUUACCAACCACACCGUGAAGGAAAGAAAAGAGGAUGGAAAGCGUCUGUUCGGGCUACUCGCGAUUGUUCAGAUGCCUAUACACAGGCCUGCCGGUAUCACGAUGAUCAAGAACUUGGAAAAAUUGGUGGAAGAAGGGGUAAGUAUACUGGACAGGAUCUAUGGUCUUCCGGUUGGAUUGGAGAACACGGCAGAGGGAUUGGCGAUGGUGAAAAAAGAGAAGGCUGCUGGAGCGAAGGUAAAUGCACAUCCAGAGGGUUGA